AUGAAGCUGAAUGUGAAACUUUUUUCUUUUAUUUCCAUGACUGUUGGACUUACUCUCUCUUUAAAAAAAUGUCCACCUCGUUGCAAGUGUGAUUGGGAGAGCAACAGUGUUUCAUGCAUCGGAGUGGAGGAGAUGCCUUUGUUUGAUUCUUCAACACAAGAGGUGUGGUUUGUGAGGACAAACAUUUCUUCCAUUCCUCAAAAUGCAUUUGCCAGUUUACUCAACAUUUCUCACAUAUACAUCACUGAUGACGACACUUUGAGAUCUCUUGAGAAGCAUUCUUUUCACGACCUAUCUGCGGUCACGCACAUACAGCUCAAUGGCAUCAAAACACUGUCAUACAUUCAUCAAGAGGCUUUUAAGGAACUUCCUAACCUAAAAUAUCUAGGAAUCACUAACACAGGUCUCACGUCAUUUCCUGUGCUAAACUAUAUAAAGUCAAGACAAGAAGAUUUUAUUUUGGAAAUAGUGGAUAAUGUCUUCAUUAAGUUCAUUCCUCCUAAUUCUUUUAGUGGAAUGUCCAUGAAUUCUCUAACCAUCAUGCUGAACAACAACGGUUUAAGAGAGAUCCAGCGCUAUGCUUUUAACGGGAGCAGACUGGAGGAAGUGUACCUUCACAGGAAUGUGGAUUUGGAGCAUAUCGAUGAAUUUGCAUUUUAUGGGGUGAUUCAUGGCCCAACACACUUAGACCUUUCAGAAACCAAGGUGCACUCGUUGCCUUCAGUAGGUAUGAGCAGCAUCGAGAAGCUCCAAGUUAACAAAACGUGGGCCCUCAAAGCGCUGCCACCCCUAAGUGCAUUUCUUCAUUUGCAAACCGCUCAUUUGACAUUUCCAAGCCACUGCUGUGGUCUGAAAAUGCUCAAAAGAUUGAGAAGACACACAGAAGAAGUUUUCUGCAACCUGACCAGGGCUGGUUUGGGAAAGCUGCAGGACUCUUCCGAUCUCUCACAAAAGCAUCUGGAACACCAAGUCUCCCAACAUCUGCAAGGCGGCUUUAAUAUCCUAACUACUGGCGGCACAGAUUACAACCUGAACUACGCUGUUGGUUGUCCGAACAAGCUGUCUCAGGAGGAGGGUUUGUUUUCAGUGGAUUUAGCUUCAGAGCAGUUUAGGGAGGAUUUUGACCUUGGCCUGUGUGAUCAUCACACAGAUAAUGGACCUUCAUGCACACCUCUGCCUGACGCCUUAAACCCCUGUGAGGAUAUAAUGAGCCAAGGCUUCCUGAAGGUUUUAGUCUGGGUGGUUAGUUUGUUAGCCAUCUCAGCCAACUCCUUAGUGCUGCUAACCCUGCUGACAUGCCAACAGAAGCUGUCUGUCACCCGCUUUCUAAUGGGUCAGCUGGCCUUUGCAGACGGAUGCAUGGGCAUGUACUUAAUGCUCAUUGCAUUUGUCGAUUUCUACACACACUCGCAUUAUUAUCGUUACGCCAUUUCCUGGCAGACAGGAAGCGGGUGCAUUCUGGCCGGGAUUUUAUCCGUGUUUGCCAGCGAGUUGUCCGUGUACACAUUGACUUUAAUCAGCUUUCAGCGCUGGCACGCCAUCUUUAAUGCAAUGAGGCCAGACAGACACAUGAGGCUGAGGCACACAGUAGUGCUGAUGCUCAUAGGAUGGCUGCUCUGCGUAACCAUAGCUCUGCUGCCAGUGCUCGGUGUGAACACGUACCAGAAAGUAAGCAUUUGUUUGCCCGUGGACACAGAGUCAGCUCUUGCCCGGGCUUAUAUAAUUUCUGUGUUGAUCAUUAAUGUCAUCGCUUUCGCCAUGGUAUGUUUGUGUUACCUUCACAUCUACUGCAUGGUGCACAACCCCCAGCGUCACUCCAGCAGAUUUGAUACAAAUAUGGCAAAACGCAUGGCUGUUCUUAUCUUUACCAACUUCCUCUGCUUGGCUCCCAUUUGUUUUUAUGGCCUGUCUGCAGCUUUCCACCAGCCACUCAUGACCAUCACAGACUCUAAGGUGCUGCUCGUGCUUUUCUACCCUCUCAACUCUUGUGCACACCCAUUUUUUUAUGCCAUUCUAACAAAAGCAUUUCACAGAGACAUCUUGAAGUUGCUCAGUCGCACAGGGCUGUGCCAGCGGCGAGCACACUUCCACCAAAACCAACUCAUCCGUGUUACGCCUCACAGUUACAGAGAGAAAGUGCUUGCCCUUUCAUCCGGACACCAACAUCCCAAAACGUUUUAA